AUGGCGAAGAAAACCGACAAGAAGUCCUCCGUGAAUGACGAAACGACCCCGCCAUCACCCAGUCGCGCCCCCGCACCAGAGAUCCCAGCUCCACAUGUACCGUCGCCAACGGCGCAAACAUGUGCGAAUACGGAACCACGAAUCCGAUCUCCCAACCCCGAAAUUCAACUUGAGGGCCAACCACUACCUCCACAAACAUCAAGUGAAGAGACAUCGCACCGUUGUAGUACCCCGGCGUGGAGCAUGGACUGCCGAGCGGCUCUUGAAUGGCAUAAACAACAUGACCGCUACUUACGUCCAACUAGUGGAGGCUCGUUCCGAUACCUGACCCAUCUAAUGCUACCUGUACACAUGUUCUUCGACGCAAUAGUACUGCUUAUGAACAACCCCAAGCCCGAGAUUGGAAGAAGUCAUUCAUAUGGAGACGAACUUACGGCUUGGGACAACGACGGUGACACUCGAGGAGACGCUGAUUCCGCCACCGAUCAGCAGAGCUCCAAUGAAAGUGGAUCCGAUGGAGGGGAAUGGGCGGACGACCAGCUGGAGGAAUUCUGGACGGGUCUGCUCCCUUGGAACAUAACCCCACAGGAUUUCGACGAUGGCUGGCCGGAUGCCAACCCGGAUGCGAUACAGACUCCGGGCAACGUCAAUACAGACGUUGACAACGCACAAUCAUGGGGAAACCGUGAUAAACGGAACCCGAAAUGGAAACGGGACGCUGUCUGA